UGUUGGACUUUUAAUUUGAAAAAUAAAAUGCGUUCACACCAGUGAACACGUUUGUCGGGAGCGCGCCUCGCAGCUCCGCGUGCAGUGUUGUGUAGAGAAGCUGCCCAGGAGCAGACAGCAUGGAGGCGCUCAGCAGCUCCCAGAAGCGGGGAUCGGGAAUGGAGAGCCCGGGUGGGAGCAGAGACUCGGCCGCAGGGAGCAGCGGGUCGGGGCGCAGAGAGGAGCCGAGCAGCAGAGGACGCUCGGAGCUUCUCCUGUAUCUGACCUGUCUACCGGAGAGAUACCGUACCGCCAAGUUCAGCCUGGCCGCCUACCUGCUCUGCUGGGCCCUGUUCAGGUGGUACCAGAAACUCAGAUUCCAGUCAGCCCCACUACAGCCACAGGAAGCGCUUGAAGACUCCCCCCUUCUCUCUGAAGGAUUAGGCUUAGAGGAGGGUGAUUUGGGUGUUGACUCCUUGGAAUGGUGCGAGAGAAGUAUAGGAGGUGGUGACACAUCGGAUGAGUAUUUUGACUCUCGCUCAUGGCACAGUGACACCUUGUCGGAUUUAACUGCAGACGGGGAGGACUGUGUUGCUGCUUUUCUUGGACUGGAAGAUACCUACGAUGAUCAUCGAGCAACAGGCGGCUUCCCCCGGACUGGGCAGAAUAAAGCCCGAAGGAGAGAAUUAUUGACCACCAAGGACAGCCACAGAGAUACCACAGACACAUCUUUGGGACAAACCAGUUGUAGCAGAAGGAAAAGCCCAGACAACCAUUCAGACUCUAUUAACUUAGAGCUCAGCACCAGAAACCACUGCUCAGUUGAGACCCAACCCCAUCCGAGUAAAGAGAAAUUAAAACUCAACUUGCUCGAACAACAGUCCAGUUUACAGUCUGUUUCCACAGAAACUCAACCCAAGGGUUGCACGGAGCCAUACAGUUUACAUGUACUGAGCCAACACAAUAAGAAGGUAAAUACCCCACUAGACACCCAGGAAGAAAAGCUCCUUGCACAGCCAGAAAAAAACAAAUCCAAUAGACCGAAUGAAUCCACAGAGUUCAAAACAUGUAUGAUACACACAGAUGCAAAAGAUGACCAGAUUGUGGACACACAACAAGAACUACAGCAGGAAAGUCUAGAAAUCAGCAAUUUUCAGGAUGUAGUACACAGUAUUGAACAGCUCAGUACAAAUGUUGCAGAAAGAAACCCAGGUUUAAAUAAAUGCAAGAGUGAUUUUAUAGAUAGACAACAUCAGAGUAUAAUCAAUGAAAUCAGUGACAAUAGGAGCUUGUGUAAGAGUGUGGGGAUAUUUAAUAAUCAAACACUUAACAAAAUAGAGUCUAAAUGUAGCAACUACACAAGCUUAGCAGAUUCAAAUUUUGUAGAUGGAAUAAAUGCACAAAAAACUGACAGUAUUUGUCCACCAGCACACCCUCAAUCUGAGAGAAAAUACUCAGACUCUCAGAUAAUCCCAGAAAACAUAGCAAUUCCAAAAGUCAAAGACGCACAUGGCACGAAAACAAAUAGGGUAUCAAAUAACACAAACUCUAAUCUCAUUGGCAAACUCAAUACACAAAUCAGUGUAUUGGCAAACAAGGUUGACGUUGGCUGUUCACAAAUUCAGCAUGAGGAGAGCCUUAACAGAUGGCUGUCGGAGACCCACCCUCAGGUUUGUAAUGGUGUAACAAAAUCCCAUGAUAAGACAAAGGUGUCAGGUGUCUGCUUCCAGGCGGAGCAGUGUGGGCUUGUUGGCUCUGUUGCAGAGGGGACAAUAUCACCUGGGACAGUAAAUGAAAUCUGUUCCUCCAUCACAUUUUCCACAGAGACUACCACCUCUUUGGAUACCUGUGCCACUGAGCAGACUAUUGUUCCAAAAGAUCCUAAAGUAGCUUCACCUGUCCCACUGGUAGACAUAGACAGGGAGGAGUUCACAGGGAAGGAACAAGAUCAAAAGCACCCUCAGGUGUUACAACUAUGGCAAAGUCAAAGUCAAAACCAAGAUUUAAUCCCCAAUAACUUGGUUCAGGGGCAUGCUGAAUCAGAAAUACCGUUUCCCCAGCAGCUCCAUGUAGUUGACAAACAUUUGAAGAGGGCUCAGUUAGUCUCUAUAGAAGCAGUGCCUGACUCAACUCAAAUCCAACCUGACACUGUUGAGGAGUCAGAGAAAUGCCUGACUUCUCACACAUUUUCAAAUAAUUUGCUGUUUUUAUCUGACCAGCAAGAAGCAGAGGAGAUCCCCUCUCUGUUAUCAGAGAAGUUUAGAGAGGAAUGGUUGAGGGUUGGAUCACCCUGCUCUUAUCUCUGGCCAGCCAAGGAAUGGGAGGGGGAGGACAGUUAUGUUUGUCUUGACCAGGAACAAGUGAGUAAAACAGAGAGUAAAGUCAGUUUUUCACAGUCAAAACUUGGCAAAACAGAGCUCUCUGAAUACAGUGAGCUGGGAGUUAUUCCAGAAGCCAUUUCCAGUGAUCCUGAGGUCUACUUUUAUUCACAGCAUUUGCCUUGUAAGAUAGGGGAGACUCCAACACAUCCUGGAGGGAGUGAGUCUAUUGAGUACAGAAGCAGAGAACACCCAUGUGUAGGUCCAAAGUCAGUUUCUCAGACAAACAUACAAACCACUGUCAGCACACUUUCUAGUCAAUGUAAGCAAGGUCAGUUGGAUCUGAAGAUCCCUGAAACGCUUAGUAGCCCCAAACCUUCUAUUUUUUCAGACUCUAACAAUAACAGCAAGGGCAGUAGAAAAGGUAUACAGAGAGGGGAGGGUAUAGAUUUUUGUGUGGGGCGAGCCCACAGCAACACUAAUGACAAAAUAAUUUGUCCACUGGUUGAGCCAUCAGAAAAUGUGAUCCUUGACUUUUUGGGAGAUGUAGACAGACCCCAGGAAAAUUCUGAGGUGUCACUGUCCUCACUAGAUCACAGAUUCAACUGGAGCAAUAAGGACUCAGAAUCUGUGCAAGGAAAAAACUGUAAAAGCCAUGUCCAUUCAAGCCUGGUCCAUGCAGAUCAGCUAGAAAAACCUAAGACAGAGAAUAAUAUUGACAAUAAUGUGGUUUUAAAAACACUAAAGCUCAAGCAUUCUAACUCAAAAAGGUAUGAAGGCACUAAGCCAAGUUCAGAUGUGGACUCUCUAUUUAGAGAAGACAAGCCAACAGGGGAUCACAGCUUACCUAAUACAAGAGGAUGCUACUCAUCUGAAUCAUUAGAGCGACAUAUACUGGCUGUCAAUUGCAGAGGGAACACACAGGUGAGCUUGCCAGCUCCACAGCAAGAGGUGAAGGUAGUAAGAUAUUCACACCCUGAUGUAAGCCUCAACCUACUUGCUGUCCGAAGUUUAGAGCCAAUUUGGGAGGCCGAGCGUUUACUGGAAAACUGUGGCUCAACAGUAGAUGAUUUAAUAAUAGAAACAAAAGAACAUGAGAUAAUGAGGCCUGCUGAAGAACAUGGGGAUAUUGUUUACCUUUCAGGCAACAUAUCCAGCCCCACUGCUCCACAACACCAGGCUGAGCAAAAGGAAAAAUCCUUAGCCACUGCUGAAGUAGAGCCUGAAGUGACAGCUACGCCUGUCCUGAGCAGCAGUAGCGAAAAGCACUACAGACCUAUGACUGUUGCCUAUGAUGCUGUGUGCUACACCUCAGCUAGUAGCAACUGCAAUAUUUCAGACACAAAUGCCAAUCUUAACAAAAUGAUCAAGAGAAGAAAAACAAAAGGAUGUCAGACAGAAAAUAAAGGCUCUACAUUUUCUGUCUUUGCUAAAAUGCCUUCUUUUAGGAAAGCUAAGGGCUCUAAGGGUAGUAGAAGUGAAGAUGUUCAGCAGGAGUCACCAGAUAGAGAAAGUUAUGACCUUAUGUCUGAGCAAGGCCCAAGGAAGGACAACUCAGAUGAUGAGGUUUUUGUCAGAGGUGACAUCCUCAACCAAACAGUCCACCAAGGUAUUCCCUCGGAUGGUUAUGAGAUAGAUGAAGAUAACUGCGACUUCUUCACCUCUACUCCACAUGCACACCAUGUCCGUCAUCUGAUAGGCCAAGGGAGUAGCCUGGUGGACAAUGGACGAUCAAGCCCAGACAGCCUCCUUCUCAGCGAAGUUGAGUCACCUAAUGGGCUAAACUACAAGAGGAGCAAGAGCAAUGACAGUUUAAACAUUCGUAUGCGCUUUGCACAAGCACACAGGUCUCUUUCCAGUCUGUUUGAGUCCCGUUCCAUGGAUAAGGAGAAUGAGGAGCAGGCCACUGUGUGCAUUGAUGUGGAUUCUGGUAAAGCCAAACAAUCCUGGAGGAAGCUAAAAAAGCCCAAGGAGGCUGAGCUGCUCAAAAGAACUCUGUCAGUGCCAGAUGAGGAAUGUAGCAACACUGGGCAAGACCUUGGACACUUUAUAUCUUCUCCACUCCUGGACAGGCUUAGCAAUCCAGGGUCACCAUCCUCCCUCAGAACCUUUCGCCACACAGAUCCCAUAUCCAAACGGGGAGUUCCACAAGGGAGUGGAAGCCCCCAUGGGUGCAAAUCUGAGGGCCAGAGAAGAAAGUGUUUAUCAAAUGCUUUGCCUGGCCUAUCUCCAUUUUCAAAUGACUCUGCAUUUCCAUAUACCAAUCACAUCAGCCCUGUUUCACCUUUGAGCCCCAGCUCACUAGCUGCCCUUACCCACCAGCCUUCACAUUCUUGGAGUAGGUCCCACCCAGUUGCUAGUGAGGUCUUGACUGAAAGCCCCUUACGGCCAAUGAGCCCUAAACCCAACAGUCCUAGGCCAACAGCUCAACGCAAAAACUUCUGCUAUCCACACUCAUCAAGGGCCAGUUCUAUGUGUCCUAUUCUUCUGGGUCAGUCUGUCAGCGUGGAAGGGCUGACAGACCCCCCUCAGAGACCUAAAACCCUAAAACCCUCAACUAGCCCUUUAAGUGUCAACCUCAGCAUUCUGGAUACAGAAGAGCACAGCAUAGACAGCCAGUCACACAUCAGCCUGUAUGCCUUUGGCUUCAUCAGUGAAUUAGAGGGCACACAAAAUGGUGGUCGGCCUGCCAGUCAGUCCAGAACAAGAAAGCUGUUGGAGGUGGAGAGCGAAGGGAAGGCCUCUAUGGUUCUUGGCAGGCUGAGGAAUGGCUGCUGGGUGGAUGUGGGCCAUGAAAGAAGUGGCCGCCAACGAAGGCAAAACUGUUCAGAUGACCUCUGGAUUGAAGAGCAAAAGAAAUACAAACGCAAAUUGGCCAGAGCCAUCAGAGGAAGCCUUGGCCAGCUCAACACACUGAUAUGUGAAGACAUGGACAAAACUGAUUCUGGAGUCACCUCAGGGCCCAUCAAGGCUUUCAGUGGGAUGCCACUUAAAGCCCACUGCUUCUCUCAGAGCACUCCCAUCGGACUUGACUGCCUGGGCUGGAGAAGACGCAUCUCCUAUACCUUUGGGUUUAUAGUAGUGGCACAGGACAAGUCCAUGGUUUAA